AUGCAUUUUGAUUGGGAAAGUGGACACCUGACAAAUUUUCCAUCACAAUUAAUUCGUGGAAAAGUUCAAUUAAAAAGAACUAAGCAACGAAAUUCAGUGCAAAUUUUAAAUGGACACAGGAAGCGUAGAAGCCAUAAAGAACUUCCACAUUUCUAUGAGUUCACGAGAACCGAGGCGCAAUGCAAACUAAAUUAUUGCCAAAACUUUUCACUCACACGUAGGGGUUGA